CAUCAAUGUUUUAGAGAAUUUCAUUCUUAGAGGAUUUCAGAAUUUGAAUUCAUAACAAGUUUUAAGUAAUUUUAUACUUUGGUAUUGAUAUAAGCCAAGGUUCAUUCAGAUUUUCCCCCCAAAGUGGAAAAAGUCAUUACUAUCACACAUAAUUACCCACAUACUCUGUAUCAAACUUGAAGGCCAGAUUUCCAGGACAUGACCCCUGCAAGAGCUUCACAGACCCCUGGGGAAGCCCUGCUACAGAGAAAUAUUAAGAAGCUUAAAAAAAAUAAUCAAGGUUCGAGUGCUUUACACAAGUCAUGAAAACAAGUUGAAAUAAUGUGAUAAUUUAUCAAAUAUUGAAACGAUCAAUAUCAUUCCAAUCAGACCCUUGAUCUGUGAUUUGCUUGUUAUGACAUACAAAAGUUAAGUACCCUGGAAUUUGUGCGUUAAGCGUGUAACACCAGCACAAAGCCAAGUGCAAACUUGAGUUGGGAGGUGGAAACAAGCGGGGCUUACCAGGAUAGCGCGCUUAGUGCAGUCACAAGACCCGACCAUGAUGAACAAAAACAUCCAGGCGUUAAUUUCACAGCUCAGCUACAUUUAAGAAAGUAUAUUUGGAUAUAUGGAAACUUGAGGUUCCCCAUCAUUUCCUUGGGGGGACAUGGCGCGAUGGAUGUCUCCAAGAACAUUUACGCGUCCAGCCCUCUACAAGCUACGAGUCUUUUAAUAAACCGCAGAGAGGAUUUUUGAUACACUUUUUUAUAGUUAUCUGAACUUCUGUGAGGAAUUUGAAACGAAAGGAGGGGCGAAUGUCAAAGGAACUGACCACGAGUUGAGGGGGGGGGGGACCUAAGGGAAAGAUGUCUACAUUUGCCACCCACCCGAAAUCGAUUGUAUUACAUUAAAGAAGCUUCGCACUUGACGUAUAAAAACAAGACGCAUGUUCUCAAGAAAGACACGAGACAACAGGAACUGUUGGAAGAUAUAUUUUUCUCUGACAACUUUGCGUGCACAUCAUUAGAGGUAGAAGCACCUAUCAAUAUAUAAUCGCGCUGGGAAGCCAUGCGGGCUGAGAAGAGAUGGCCCAUAUUGUUGAGUAUGAUUCUUUUGCUCAUCACCUCCAGCCAGUGCAUGGACAGCAAGGAGGUAAAGGAUUCGGAAAGGAAAACUCUGCUUAAUCUAAUCCUGCAAGUGAUCGGGGACAAGCCCGCGUCCAGGCGCGUCACCAGUGGCCUCUACUCUGUAUCCCAAGAUAUGAAGUUUUCCUCUCGUGAAAAGACUGCACCAUUGUCCAAGUCGGACAACAGCAGACAAAUAGAGAUUGUCCCAAGAGACAUAAACAUGAAAGACAAAUUUAUAGAACAUUUUACAGCAGGACCAGUCAAGUUCCCAUCUGAAUGUAGGACACAUUUCCAUAGAAUUUAUCACAAUACAAAGGAUUGUUCCAGACCAACAUAUUAUAAAAGAUGUGCACGAUUGCUAACAAGACUAGCUAUGAGUCCCCUUUGCACACAGUCAUAGAAACCGCAUGUCCUGAGGAUAUAAAAGAAGAAACUCCAGAGAUGAUGGAGUAAAUAAUUAUUUCCAAGGAAGUGCCUUCAAAUCACUGCAAUUAACUGAUAUUUUUUUUCAUUUAUGUCAUUUCCAUUUCCAAAGUAUGCUUGUUCUUUAAUAAUAAUACUUUUUUUGUUGCUUUUUAUCAUAACUUAUGUUUGUUUUAAAAUGUUCUUAAAAUAUAGUUUUGUUUAAUAGCUUUGCUUUUUAUAUUAUGAGUUUUAAAGAAAGUAUUAUUUGCAGCCAAUUAUUUAUUUAAAUGAUAUGUAAAUAUUCUGUCCUGAUUACAUUUGAAUAUAUCUCAUUAAGCCACCAUAACUCUUAUAUAUAUUUCUGUUCCAAAUAUAUUAUUUUAAAUCAAAGUAUCUUAUUUCAUUCCUUACACACACACACACAAAAAAAAAAUAAUAAUAAAAAAAGAUUGUGUAGGCUAUAUGAAAAUUUCUUACCAUGCUGUCAUUUCCAUGAUAUCUACCAUUGGCACUUAUAGAAAUUCGAAUGAAGAAUUAUUUCGAAUUGCAAAAUCACAUUGUUUGAUAACAAUGGUAAUAUUGCACUGAUGCUUUGAAAGAAUAAAAACAUUCAAGCA